GCUAUGUCAUAUGCUCCCGGGGAUGCCCAUCAGCUUCAAGGUCACGCAGCUUUGGGAGUGGCAUGGUGAAAUAUCAAACACCAGCAAGGUAGUAAGUGGGAGUUGGCACUGUUUCUGUUGCUAUCAACUUCUUUCUAUCGCAACUCUUUGUCUAGCGUCUUGAACAACUAGAAGCACUGCCUGGUCGCAUCGAACAGGCAGCAAAUCAUCAUCACCACCCACGCGGUCCAUCAAAAAUGACACCACAGUCGACCGGAUUACCGCCCAGGUAGCUUUAUCGCAUGCCCCCCCACGAUGGGUAAUAGCUACUCUCUUUCAACACCAUACGCCGGCUCGGCCGGCAUCGACAUACCGGAGCUGUCUGAUCUGGUCCAUGAGAGAUCCAUAGGAAAUGCCCGGUUUAUGAAGAGCAUUCGUGCCCGUCACCGGGACGGCGUUGCUCUCGCCAAGGUCACUGUCAAGCCCUAUAGCGAUUGCUCCCUGAAGCAGUACGGCGAUAAGAUCCUAGAGGAACGAGACAAGCUACGCCAUGUCCCCAACGCCUUGGGCUUCGAGCGCGCCUUCGAAACACAGACGAAUGCUUACCUAGUCCGACAAUACAUCUACAGCUCCCUCUAUGAUCGAAUGUCUACGAGGCCCUUUCUUGAAGAUAUUGAAAAGAAAUGGUUGGCCUUUCAGCUGCUUUGUGCCCUGCGCGACUGCCACGCUCGAGAUAUAUAUCACGGCGAUAUCAAGACGGAAAAUGUCAUGGUAACAUCGUGGAACUGGCUAUAUCUUACGGACUUCACGGGCUCCUUUAAGCCAGCCAAGCUGCCUGACAAUAACCCUGCUACUUAUUCAUAUUUCUUCGAUUUGUCGGGUCGAAGAACAUGCUACAUUGCGCCUGAACGAUUCGUUGAGCAGAUUCAGAACCCCCAAGAACUCGAAGGACACAAUCUCACAUGGUCGAUGGACAUCUUUAGUGCUGGGUGUGUCAUUGCCGAAGUGUUUCUGGAAGCGCCCAUUUUCAGUCUAAGUCAGAUGUUCAAGUACCGCCGUGGCGAGUACGAUCCCGUCAUUUCGCAUUUGAGUAGGAUCUCUGAUCAGGGACUAAGGGAGAUGUUAUCGAGCAUGGUUCAAUUAGACCCGGAAAAGCGUUAUUCUGCUGAGCAGUAUCUUCAAUUCUACAAGGGCAAGAUAUUUCCAGAAUACUUCUACAGCUUCCUCCAUCAAUACAUGGAACUGGUCACCGAUCCUACCUCUGGAAGAGCACCGGUCACUGGUUCUUUUAAGAACCUGGGCGAAGCGGAUGACCGGAUAGACCGUGUAUUUUACGACUUCGAUAAGAUCGCUUACUUCUUAGGAUAUCAAGACCAGAAAAAUGCGCCCCAAUUGUCUCGUUUUACGCCUAGACUCGGUCUUGGGCUCUUUCCUGUCAGAUUGAGCAUCCCAAAUAAUGAGCGUUUCACGUCUAUAGGAACACAGCCUUUGACUGAUGAUGGAACGCUCAUCUUCCUUACUCUAAUAGCUGGCUCUUUGAGGAAUACGGCCCGGGCGGCAUCAAAACUAAGGGCGUGCGACUUGUUAUUAGCUUUCUCUGAAAAGUUAACUGACGAAGCAAAACUCGACCGGGUGUUACCUUAUUUGAUGACAUUACUGAAUGAUGAUAUUGACCUCGUUGCUAUUGCGGCUUUGAGAUCAAUCACGCAACUUCUAGCUCUAGUUACCGUCGUAACUCCAGUCAAUGCACACGUAUUCCCAGAAUACAUCAUGCCUCGAAUGCAGGUAUUUUUAUCAGGCGCUUCUCGACAACCGAUCAUGGGGAAGGAACGCAGAGAACCUAACGCCUUGGUACGCGCAACCUAUGCGUCUUGCUUAGGUAGCUUAGCUACGACUGCGUCCAAAUUUCUAGAGCUCACCGCUAUUCUUAGAGCGGAGGGCUCAAUUACUACUGCAGACCCUGAGAUAGAAGCCGAGAGCGAUCCGGAUGCUGCUUUUGAUGGGCUUUUCGAUAAUACACAGGAAGAACUCGUGGAACUCUUCGAAACUCAUGCAAAGGCUCUCGUCGAAGACACCGAUGCAUCCGUUCGUCGUGCAUUUCUUACUUCAGUUCCUGAACUAUGUGUGUUCUUUGGCAGCGCCGAAUCGAAUGAUAUUCUCUUAACCCAUUUGAAUACUUACUUGAACGACCGGGAUUGGAUGCUCAAAUGCGCAUUCUUCGACACUAUCGUCGGUAUUGCUGCUUUCUUAGGUAGCACAAGUUUAGAAGAGUUCAGUCUUCCGCUAAUGGUCCAAGCUGUUACUGACCCUGAAGAGCAUGUUGUGCAAGCGGCUCUACAUUCAUUAGCAGAAUUAGCAAAGCUAGGCCUCUUAUCAAAGGCGAAAACUUGGGAGCUGAUUGACGUCGUCGGACGGUUUACUAUGCAUCCUAACAUUUGGAUUCGGGAAUCCGCAACUGAGUAUAUCUCGAGUGCCACCAAGCUUCUAUCCCCUGCAGAUAUUAGAUGUAUUGUCCUUCCGCUGGUUAAACCAUUCUUGAAGCCGUCUAUUAUACCAACCUUUUCCGAGAUCAGUCUUCUUGACGCCUUAAAAAAGCCCAUGUCUAGGACGGUUUUUGACUUGGCUUUGUCAUGGGCACAGAAGACCGAUAAAGGUCUAUUCUGGAAAGCUAUCAGACAGCAAAAGCAGUCAGCAUUUACGGUUGCCUCGACAGCACUGUCCAUCCGAUCCUCCCGGGAGUUGCAACCUCGGUCGCUUAACAAGGUUCCGCGAAACGACGAGGAUGAGCAUUGGUUAACUCGGUUACGAAAUAUGGGCAUGUCUCAGGAAGACGAAUUCAAGCUCCUGGUUCUCAGGGAAUUCAUAUGGCGCCUUAGUCAGAUGAAGAACCGAGACCUUGUCACCCAAGAUAACAUUGCAAAGGAUUUGAACAAUAUCCUCAAGUUAAGAAAUUUAAAUGUCAAGGUGCAGAACAUUAUGUUUGACGAAUCGGCUGGUAUAGACGACUAUAUGUUACAAAACGAAGAACAGCAGCAGCGAUCGGGAUCCGAACAGGGCAAAGGCCCAUAUACUAUAGCUGACGCCCUUCUAGACGCCUCCAUGACAAUUGACGAACCUGUCGGCCGAAGACGUCGGGCUGCUGCAAAUACUCACAGACCACGAAUGAGUAGCCGGGGAGGCGCAGUCUCACCAAGGACUCGAGAUGAUAGGGCAGCAUCACCAUCUCACACGAUUCUUUCUUCACCUAUCAGUAGCUCACCACGAGACUCUAUCGCUGGGGGUCGACGAAAUAAUGAUGAUGCAUCAUCAGUAUCGGACGCCCCCUAUUCGUCCAGGAGAGCCAUCAGAAACCAAUCUAGCGCUCUUGAUCUGCUUAACAGGAAAGACAGUGGUAGGUCCAUUGCUGAAACAAGCACAACUGAAGCCAACGUGCUUGGCCAGGUAGGGGGCCCAUUCGCACAGGGCCCACCUGCUCGUCUGGCUGUUCCUGAACCAGACGGCCGGGAGAGUAACCGACAAGAGAACAGGCAGCGUACCGCUCAUACAUACGAAGGAAAUGACCCUAAUAUUCUCCGGAUGCUUGAUAAUAUGUACGUUGACAACUAUCCCCACGAUAUCAUGGAAUAUGGUCCCCUAGUUUCACCUGUCACGAGGAGAAGAGCUAGCAAAACUGCCGGUCAACUCAGUGAAGAGGCGUGGAAACCGACUGGUAGACUGGUAGCAACGUUCUCAGAGCAUCGCGGCGCUAUUAAUCGCGUGAUCCCCUCCCCUGACCAUCAAUUCUUCAUCACGGGUAGUGAUGAUGGGUGCGUUAAAGUUUGGGACUCAUCACGGCUCGAGCGAAAUGUCACGCACCGCGCUCGGCAGACUCAUAAACAUGCGCCGGGUGCUCGAGUGGUUGCACUAUGUUUUGUUGAGAACACCCACACCUUUAUCAGCUGUGCUACUGAUGGGCGAGUGCAUCUGGUUAAAGUUGACACUGCUGUCUCAGGCGGAUCAAUUAAGUAUAUCCGAUUGCGUCUGCUUCGUGAAUAUCAACUUCCAGCCGACGAGCACGCUGUCUGGUGUGAGCAUUUCAAACAGGAGCUUAAUUCGGUUUUGAUACUCGCCACAAACCGGUCUCGUAUCCUUGCUAUGGAUUUACGUACAAUGACUCUUAUGUACAUACUUGAUAAUCCAGUUCACCAUGGAACGCCAACCUGCUUUUGCAUUGACCGGAAGCGAAAUUGGCUUCUUCUCGGCACUUCUCAUGGAAUACUAUCCCUAUGGGACCUACGUUUCAAGGUCCGCCUGAAGAGUUGGGGCUUGGACGGUAAAUCGGCCAUAUAUCGUCUCAGCUUGCACCCUGUCAAAGGCCGUGGAAAGUGGGUUUGCGUAGCUGGCGGUACGGGGUUCGGCGAGAUUACGGUCUGGGAUCUUGAGAAGACACAGUGCCGAGAGAUAUAUCGUGCUGGAAGUGUCAAGGACGGACCGAAAGUGUACGAGCCUUGGGAUGUGGACGACGACAAACCCUCGAAUAUCUUGGUUUUUUUCGCAACCAAUGUCGAGCCCUCUGCCAGUAGCUCAGACCACGGGGUACGGGCAAUGGUAGUCGGCGCGGGCGCGAUGGAGGAUCAGCGCGACGUGCGAUACGGUUAUAUCCUGACGGGCGGUUCUGACAAGAAGCUUCGAUUCUGGGACCUCAUUCGCAUUGAAAAUUCAUGUGUUUUCAGUGGUCUACAGAGCGAGGAUGCUCGACCCGUCUUCGCAACGAUCAGCACGCCCAACCAUCCGGGCUUAAGCCUCAACGUGGAGCGGCUACCAAAGAGUGAUCGGGGCACGGAUCAAAGGGCAGGCAGUGUCUCAAGUAAGGGCAGCAAGAGCACGAGCAGCCGGGAGAAACCUCCGCGCCACACAGUUAUAUCGAACGAACAGGCCCAACUGCUUAGAAGUCACUUGGACUCGAUCCUCGAUGUUGCUGUGCUCGAGCUACCUUAUACGAUGACGGUUAGCGUGGACCGGUCGGGUGUCAUCUUUGUCUUCCAGUAGGAAUGAGACUUGACGCAGCGAGAGUGGGAAGCGCAGGAGAGUAACGAUACACAUGUAUUUUGACCUUCGCUCGUAUAUUCACCGGGCACAUAUUGUUAUUGUUUUUUGUGAAUAGUAUUAUCUAGGCAGGAAGAUAUCCUCGGAGUUGAGUAGAUGGUCGAUGGUAUUACUGUAGAGAUGACGACCAACGGCGCGGUAUCGAGAAUCAUAGUAUAUUAGAGUCUUGAUAUCUUAUACACAUACGGAUGAUUCAUGAUACAAAUAUCUCUAUUAGUAUCCGAUUUCAUGCAGAUUAGAGUUUCUCAAUUGACCUCCUCAGU